AUGAUGUCCUACUUCAAGUGGGCCGCCUUGGCCCUGGCCACCGCCCAGCUGGGUGCUGCUCAGACUUACACCAGCUGCAACCCGACCAACAAGACCUGCCCGGCUGAGACUGGAUUGGCCAAGUGGUCAUUCUCUAGCGACUUCACCCAGAGCGGUUCCCUCGAUGACUGGAACAUUACCGCCAAGCCCGUGACGCUCUCUACUCUUGGUGCCAAGUUUGAGAUCUCUGAGGAGGGAGAGGCCCCUACCAUUGAGAGCCAAUGGUACAUCUUUUUCGGUCGUGUCGACGUUAAGAUGAAGGCCUCCAAUGGUACCGGUAUCAUCAGCACCUGGAUCCUGGAGUCUUCUGAUCUUGAUGAGAUCGACUUUGAGCAAAUCAGUAGCUACGAUUACAUGAUUCAGGCCGACUACUUCGGUAAGGGUAACAGCACCCUCGGCGGUCGUGAAUACGAUAUCAACGUGACCAACCCGGAGACCGAGUUCCACACCUACAGUGUUGAUUGGACUGAGGAGCGCAUUGAGUGGCUUCUUGACGACGUUGUCAUGCACACUGUUACUUACGACGAGGCCCUUGAGGGCAAGAACUACCCCCAGACUCCUUGCCAGCUGAGAAUCGGUAUCUGGGCCGGUGGUGACUCCAGCAACGCUGAGGGUACCAUCGAGUGGGCUGGUGGCGAGACCGACUUUGACGAUGUUCCCUUCGUCAUGUAUGUCGAGUCUGUCAACGUCACCAACUACAACCCUGCCGAGUACUACAAGUACACCGACAAGACCGGUGACUACACCAGCAUCAAGAUCAGUGCCGCUGCCUCUUCCUCCGCUAGCGUUUACUCCGGUGCCUCGGUCUCCUUCUACUCCUCCUUGUUCCUCACCGCCGUCGUUGCUGGCGCCGUUGGAACUUUCAACCUCUAA